UUUCAGGAAAGGCAGAGUCAUGCCGGCCUGUCUGCCUGUCAGCCAGUCCUCUCAUCCGGGGCAAUCACCUCUCUCGGCACUGAUUUGGUGGUGGUGUCUCCAUUCCAUUCCAUUCCGUCGCGACUGGCCGAUCCCACCGAUGACUGCAUCGCACUAAUACAUAGUAGCUGGGGACAGCGUUGCGUACUCGCGCAGAGUAAUCUGAUCUGCGAUCCGAAAGGCAAUUCGACCCUCGCAACGCCCUCGCUCCCAGCAUCGAUCUUCCUCGUUCACAACCCCUACCCUUCGUCCCAACCUCCCGGUCCAAGACUCCAAACGCAUGACUGUCAAAAAUUGCCCUAUCACACUUGAGACAGGCGCCCCAGGGUUCGCCCGUCCUGCCCCGUCCUGCCCUGUCCUCCCGGCUGCCGGCCUCUCUCUUUGCGGCCGCCAGCUCAUCUGCUCAUCUGAACGUUCGAGCUUUAUGACGUGCACCCGGCACUCCGAGCGCCCUCGUUGAGUGACACCUCACACUAUCUAACUGCUACCGCUGCAGCAGGCGUUGACGGGGUCCCGCCGUUACUCUUGUGCCUGUGCCUGUACUUUGUUGCUUGUGCCUGCCUGCCUGCUGCUUGUUCCUUUUUUUUUUUUGGUGGUGGUGGCAUGUGUUGGAUUGAAACUACCCCGGCUCAGUAGCCAAAUUUAGUCGCUGCCAGACAUCACUCUCACACCAAGGCACCUUCAUGAAUUCAACGGCCGCAUGAAUACGGGGGCUCGACAUCCAAGCUGUCGACAUGAGUCGAGAUAAGGACAGGAGGAAAGGCUUCUGGAGGUCCCUUUUCCGUACAAAGUCAACAGCAGCCCGCCACGGCGGCGGCGGCGGCGGUGCCUUCUCGGACACCGAAGAUAAUGGCGUGGUCGAAGGUGAGAGGCUGAAGCUGCGCCCGCGCAGGGCAAGUGAGGGUGACAACCUGCGCGACCCUUCAAGGCACUUCGAGCCCGCCCACAGCUCUCAGCCUCACGCUCAGUCACGUAAUCGGCUCAAGCGCCCCAUCUCUGACCCUCCUCCGCCAAAGGGAAAAGGACGACAGAUGCCCAAUGGGAAUGGACCUUACAGCCCGCCCCACACUCUGACAGAAUGGCCACCGUCCGGGUGCGCCAGCGACGAGGAGCUCAACCUCGGCCAUGCAAUGGAGCUCAUAUGUCGAGGUGUUCCUGCGCACAAGGGCUACAAGAGGCCCAUACCACACCUUGCCGACCACUUCUACUCAACCUAUGCCACAACAGCCGGCAACCGAGGCGACGGCACCGAUGGCGUCAACCAGCACGAUUCCAUGACCCAACUCAUGACCAUGAGGCUGCAAGGGCCCGGGCCAGCCACUUACCCCUGGGAGACCAUAGAGCAACCCAGCUUCUCUUUUCAUUUUGGCCAGCGCCCUGGUACCGUAACCUUGAAUCACUGGGCGUCCACUGCGAGCGCCUACCCUCCCGCGCUCAACAUACGCGAUUCUGGCGUGCAGCCUCGGGACGUGGACCUAGUCCGCAUAUUUGGCAGGCUAAGGGAUCUGGAGGGUGGCCUCGAGGACGACGACCUAGAGUACAUGUACAAGAAUCUGUACAGGAGGCUUCUCAAAGAUCCGGACCGCAUGCUCAGCCCUCACAAAACACUCGACAAGCAAAUCACCGAUCUCAUCCUCGUUCUUUCCCGGCCUGACCAUUGGAUCGACUUCUCGAACCCAAAAAAUCACAUCAUUACCAGAUUUAUUUUCGACACAGGACACGCGAACCACGACCAAUACGUCAAAUUCUUUCACCAGCUCCUUCUGAGCAUGGAGCUGGAUCUGAGGAUACACUCCAGGCAGCACUCGGAUUGGGCCAAGGAGAAGCUAUUGGAGCAGCUCCCUCCUCCUAUACGGUGGAAUCUGGCCCUUUCAAGGCGAUGGCGGGAUAACGUGAGGAUAGAGGCGUACGGCAACACGCCAGAUCAAGUCAAGCUGCGCUUCAAACUCAAGCGACGCCAGGUGAAAAUGAUCAAGCGAUUCGCGCAGAUGAUGAAAUGGCCCAACCUAGCCGAGACCCUCGCAUCGUUGAGACAGGGAGAUCAGGCCUCGGGCCUCGAUGCUGUCAGCUCCCACGCCAUGGCCUUCUUCAGCGGCCUUGUCCUACCAGGACCUACCUUUCCCUUCAUCAUGAUGAACGCCCUGAUUGACAUCGAUCCCGACGAGGCCACCGACGACCUAGCGCUACUCAUCCACCUCAACCCCAACUGCGGUUUCCAGUACCGCAACAGCUACACUUACUGGACCUCAUCUUCGAUAGUCGGCAAGGUACUGGGCCCGACCUGCCUCGAAGUCGCCGGCUGGGUCGGUCCCGCGAGGCCAACCCCACACCUCAAGCGCUCGCAGAUUGCACGAAUCCGGUCCCGGCGGCCCCGGCAACGCCUCAGGGUCAACGAUGUGACCUCGAUGUCCGAACGAUCCGACCCACUAGGCCCGCCCACCGAGGUCUUCCCCGUCAAGGAGUACGAGCUAGUGCAUCCCGAGGUCGACGACAUCGUCGACACCGUGCGCAUCGAGAUGUUCACCCUGAAACCGUGCGCGGACAGGGCAGGGGAGCCCGGGCCGAAGUGGUUCGACGCUGCGAUCCAGUUCGCCAUCGAUGGCGUCUCGUGGCCGCUGAGGCUGACAUACGACGUGAGCUUCAUCCACGCCUGGCCGUGCACGGACGGGCCCCACCCGCUGUUCUUCGACUACGCGCACCAAACCGUCAAGGUGGACGAGAUCAUCGAGAUCCGCGACUGGGCCGGGCUCUAUGGGCCGAAGAGCAGGGCGCGGCUGGACGGCAACGGUGUCGAGCCUGGGUCGCGCAGCGAGUCGGAGUCGCCUGCGGGAGAGGGGUCGUCGAAGGGCGUGCCCCUGGCGAAUGGGCACGCCAACGGAAAUGGAUAUGACAGGGAAGAUGACGACGAAAAGGUCUUGGUAAUUGAGGCGUUUGGCGUGCCCGACAAUGAGGUUCUCGCGCGUGCAUGGUGUGCUCAUUGGGGAAUGAGCGCCAUCGUAGCGGUGAUCGGAAAGACUUGCAUGGCAUGUGCCAUCCGGGAGGCCUACGCAGCAGCGUUGACAGUGGUCAUCCUCGUGGACGACCAGAGCGCUGAGUAUGACGACUGACGGCCGACAAACCAGAGCAUUGUGUGUGUGUGUGUGUGUGUGUGUGUGUGAUGUUCUGAGCGGACGAUCUCACGAAAAUGACGUCCCGAACCAGCUGAACGAAUUAAUGACGCAUCUGACGGGGCGACCGAGUGAAAAAAGGCUCCCAGGAAGAGGUCACUGUAAACUUGGCCCUGUGAUUUUCUCUAUUUAUGCAUGGUCUCAUGCAUUCAGGAAGGGUUGGAAAAUCGGGUAUUGUAUUGGAUCUAGACGGCGCUGCCCAAUACCCUCUGUAUGGAAAGGAAUGGUCGGGGGCGGAGUUAAUUGGGCUGCUUAAAUUGCUUGACCGCGUGGUCAUUGACUGUAUUCCGUGUUGUGCGGGAGGGAUUUGAGAGAAGGAUAUGGCGAGAGGCAAUGCCACGACUCUCAUCUGUAUGCAGGCACAAGACUAAGAGUGUACUUGUAACGUGCCCAGUAGCAUAUAGAAGGCAACAGGAAAUGUCUGUCCUCUCCACAAA